CACCUGGAAUUGCCAAUGGGUGGCAUGAUGCCACCUGGACCAGGAAUACCACCUCUAAUGCCUGGUAUGCCACCAGGUAUGCCGUCUCCUGUUCUAUGUCCUGGAAUUCCUCCAAUGACUCAAGCACAGGCUGUUUCAGCACCAGGUGUUCUUAAUAGACCACCUGCACCAACAGCAACAGCUCCUGCUCCACAGCCUCCAGUUACUCAGCCUCUUUUCCCCAGUGCCGGACGGGCUCAGGCAACUGUCCAAGGACCUGUUGGUACAGAUUUCACGCCCUUAAGUAGUACCCCUGCAACAACUAGAGAAACCCCGAAGCCUACAUUCCUUGCUUAUACACAGUCUACAGCUUCAACCACUAGUACAACAAAUAGCACUGCAGCUAAACCAGCGGCAUCAAUAACAAGUAAGCCUGCUACUCUUACGACAACCAGUGCAACCAGUAAGUUGAUCCAUCCAGAUGAGGAUAUAUCGUUGGAAAAAAGAAGGGCACAGUUACCUAAAUAUCAACGAAAUCUUCCUCUUCCAGGACAGACUCCCAUUGGUAAUCCACCAGUUGGACCAAUUGGAGCUAUGAUGCCACCACAGCCAGGCAUCCCACAACAACAAGGAAUGAGACCCCCAAUGCCACCUCAUGGUCAGUAUGGUGGUCAUCAUCAAGGAAAUUAUUUGAAAUAA